CCCCCCCCCCCCCCCCCCCCCCCCCCCCCCCCCCCCCCCCCCCCCCCCCCCCCCCCCCCCCCCCCCCCCCCCCCCCCCCCCCCCCCCCCCCCCCCCCCCCCCCUUAAAUGCAAUGAGUCUUCAGAUUUUUUUUGAACAAUAUGUUUUGUCGUAUACACAUUUUCUACAAAAGGAGAUGUUUUGCAAAUCUCACGAGAGAACCUUUCCAGAUGUCCAACCGCUUUUCUAAAGAAAUGCGGUAGUUUAUAGGUAAUCGACCAUGUUGAUUCCGAAAUACUAUAGCCAUUUUUGCCCAUAGGCCUCUCCUAACCGGUUUGUGGAAAACCAGUUUUCCACAAACCUCGAAAAAUCCCCAAGAGUUUUUCUAAAUAAGUCACAGCUGUAGUCCGCGAAAUUCUGAUUAAAAUGAGACAUCUCCCAGCUCUCUCUACACGACCUUUCUUUGCAAAGUUACAGAAUUUACAAGAAAAGCCCUAAAUGUUUUUAUUGUCAUCUCAGAGCUACAGAAAGAAGAAGGAAAGAUAAAUAAAAGCCACUUUUCCUAAAACCGGUUAGGAAAGGCCUAUGGGCAAAAAAACUAUCAUAUACGGAAUCAGCAUGGUCGAUUACCUAUCAACUACCGCAUUUCAUCAGAAAAGCAGUCGGACGCCUGGAAAGGUUCCCUUGUGAGAGACUGAAUAACCGAGUUAUAGCAGCUUUUUUUGAAUGCACAAACACUAGCUUUAGAACUGGCGCUUACCUAACUGCUUUAUGCUUCUAAUGGUCAUCGCCUUCUACUUUAGACUUGGUCUUUGCCAUGGACUGUACAGGUUCAAUGGGCUCUUAUAUUGACAGUGCCACGAAAAAUAUUCGUAGUAUCGUUGAGGAGAUUGUUAUUAGUGAAAAGUCAGAUGUGAAAUUAGCUUUGGUGGAGUACCGUGAUCAUCCGCCACAGGACCAAACCUUUGUCACGCGUGUGCAUGAUUUUACAGCAAGUGUAAAAGAAAUGAAAGGAUGGUUAGAGCAAUGUAGUGCCCAAGGAGGCGGGGAUGCUCCAGAAGCCGUAGCCGAUGCUAUGCAUGAUGUGUUGCAACUCUCCUGGAGAAAUGAAGCGACAAAAAUUUGUAUUCUCAUCUCAGAUGCACCUCCUCAUGGAUUUGAAGUUUUUCCUGUAUUACGCAGUAGACAUUGA